UGUUUACAGUAUGCCAUGCGUUCUGAGUUCCUACACAUCACGCUUGUUGUUGGAUUUACCUCCCUCGAAAUGUGUGCGCUGUUUUAGUAUCGCAUUUAUAAUACAUGUCUAGAGUGUACGAAAAUGGGAAAAUCUUCAAAGCACAAAACUCAAAAUGUUCAUCACUUCAUAUCGUUUUCGGAGCGCAUCUCCAAUGUGAAUGUUGACGUGAUCCAUCUUAUACGCAAAGUCCAUGAUGAUCAGGGAGAGGCAGGGACAUACUUUGGAGAAGCUUUGUCAAAAUGGACAGACCUUGACCUCACAGAUCACUUCACGAGUUUCCGCAGAGAGAUCUCUGGUCAGGUUCAGACAUUUGAGCAGCUGGUCCACCACAAGGAGGAAAUCAUCUCAUCGUUGAAGUCACAUUUGGCUGUGAAGAAUUCACUUGCCUUGAAUGCUCUGCUUGAUCUGUUGGUUCAACUAGCGCGCGAUCUUCAGCAAGAUUUCGUCCCGCAUUUCUCCGAAUUCUUUCACCUCCUUGUGGCGACAUUGACCUCGAGGUCUCAGGAUGUUGAGGCGCUGGAAAGCACGUUCCAGGCGUUUGCCUUUCUCUUCCGGGUCUUGUGGAGGUUUCUGAUAAAAGAUUUUGAGCAAAUCUUUGGAUAUUUCUCAAAUCUAUUGACAUCCCAGAAGGAAUAUGUUCGAGUAUUUGCUGCAGAAAGUUGUGCAUAUCUCCUGAGAAAGGUAAAAAAGCGAAAUGCCUUGCUGAAUUUUCUGUUCAAAUCCCUCAAGAAAAACCCAGAGCUGACCGAGGGCGUGGGUUUCCUUCUGUUUGAGAUGAUGAAAGGCGUCAAGUUCCAUUUCCACAGCGUCUGUGAUGAGAUAUUCCCUUUGAUGCUGAACAAACUUGGAUCCGUGGAUGCAUCUGGGAAGAAAAACGGGCUUCCCCUGGUGGCGGUGGAGGAGGCAGUCAGUGUGGUCAUGCAAAAGUGUGCUGACCACACCAGUAGAGAGCACAGUGGACGCAUGUGGGACAUGCUUAUGGAUGCUCUGUCCACCGUCCACUCGUCAUGCCUAAAGAAUGACAACGAAGUGUUGACUGCUGACCAGGCAGAGCACAAAGUCCCGUCCAAUGUUCAACAUCUGUGCCGUCUCCUAAGGCUGACCUCUGUGUGGCUGUCCCACGACGGUGGGAGCAUUGUGGGUCAUCCCGAGCAGGUGGCCAAGGUGUUGCUGGUGAUUCUGCGGUCAGUUCCCCGUCCAGACAGCGUUGGUCAGGACCUGCUGGACACCGUCUCUAACCUGUUCACGUCUUGCGAUGACCGGCUGGCCCCAGACAUGAUCGUCAAACUAACCUCUGCUGUUUUCUCUGAUGCCUUCACCUUCUCCAGUCUCAAAGAAUUUGUCAGGGCCACACUGGAAAGGCCCUUCUUUGAGAAGGACAUACUGCCAGGCUGCAUGAACAGGAUUCACUUUGAGCUGCCCAUGAGGAGCCCAGAGCAACAACAGGACGUGCUGGCCUUCAUUGGGGAACUGGUGAUGGUCAAGACUGGGUCUCCGGUGACCGGCGGGGAUCUCCACAUGCUCAAACGUUACCCCUUGGAUCAGAUUACUUACAUGAGGUCAAGCAAGGAAAAUUGUUUCUGCAAGUUUGUUGCGGAUACACUGGCCUCUACGCUGGAGAACUCUGACCCCUGGUCUCCCAACGAGCUCUCUCUUCUCUGGGGUGCUGUUGUUUGUGCUCCACAUCUAAGCAUCCCGGACAGUUUGGGGAAAGUUGGUGCCGUCUGGUCAAGAGUGGUGGGGAAACUGAAAUCUUGUGAACAUUCUGAAGACAGGCAGCGUCUGGCUAUUGUUGUGAAUCAGCUUGUCCGCAGCAUGUUGAUGAUUCAGGAAGGGACAGAGGAACCCAUCCCUGUCACCUGUGACGAGAUCAUGGAUGUGCUCGGAUGUGAUCCCUCCAGCCCCACACUGCUGCAGACAGCAGACUUGUUCUUCUCCCAGCCCAGCUCCUCUGUCCAGCUGACCUCCCAGCAACUGGUGGACGUGUACAAGUUACUGGAGCAGAACCUUGUAUCUCCCUCGCAUACUGUGAGACUUUUAUCCUGCCACUUGCUUUCGUUGUUUCCUGUUGAGCUGCCUGAUUAUAACGAUGAUGUGAAACGGGAGAAUGUCUUCACCACUCUGUGGACUGCAGAGAAAAUGGUGCCGACCGUCCACAACUAUCGAGAGAAACUGAUCUAUCUACGCAGGCUGGAGCACGGGAUGGUCCUCAAGUGUCUGCCCGAAGGUCCCUUCACAAAGGCCCCUCUGUUGUUCCUCCUGGGGAACCAACACUGGAACUUCAAGCUGCUGUGGGAGCCACUGGCUGAGAUCAUCUCUUCCCAUGCCAUCGGCGCUGACGUCGGUCAAUUCUGGGAGGUCAUGCUGGGUCAACUCCGCUUGGCCGCUAACCAAUCAGAGAAGGAAUUGCUUCUGGACGCCCCUACUUCUGAGAGUGAUCAAGAAAGAAAUAAGGGGCCUUUGUUGAGUCUGUUUGAUGACCACCUGUCAGCUGUUUUGACCGACGCCCGGAAACCAGACUUUAUAAACUUUCGGGUUCAACUGUGGCGUUGUAUGAAAAAGUUUCCUGACAAAUGUGUGUUGAGGUCUGAUGAGCUCUGUACUCUGUACCUCACAUUUCUCAGGAAUGAGUUUCACUGUGCUGACGGAGAGUCUCAGAUGUACCAGAACAUUCUGUCUGACAGUCCUGCAGAGACGGCAGAGAACCACGAAGGGUCUGACGACAACGGUGUCGAAGUGGAGAGCGCUGCAGUGGAUGAAGAGAUGGAAGAAGAAGAUGAGGAUGUGAAUGACCAAGGAAACAAAACAACUGGGAAGAGGAAGAAACCAACCACACUGAGUCUUCUAGUCCACCUAGAUCUGUUUGCCCUGUUCAAAAAGCAGAGAUCCAUGUUCAAUAAGCCUGAAGUCCAGGACACUUUCCAUCAGUUGCUAAAGAACAGAAACAGCUCAAUCCAGAAGGCUGCUUUUGAGUGUUUGGUCACCUACAAGUCACCUCACAUAUUGCCCUACAGAGAGAAUUUCAACCGCUUGCUGGACGACAAAACGUUCAAGAGCGAGAUUAUUUUGUUCCGGGUCGAUGAGGAGAACUCAGAGGUCAAAGACGGUGACAGAGACGGGCUGCUCCCAGUCCUCAUGAGAAUUCUGUAUGGCAAGAUGCACGGUAAAGCUGGCAACGACACAGCCGGAACAUCGCGCAGUCGAGUGCGCAAGUCCAUUGUGUUUGGCUUCCUGAGUGGCUGCAAGCCGGAUGAGCUCCGAUAUUUCCUCACUCUGCUCUUCCAGCCCUGCAUGCAUUUUGUCACAGAUGACCCUGUGACCAUGGUCAAAACUACAAUGGAAAAUACAGACCUCAAGAAAAUGAUUCCACUCAAGAAAAUCAAAGGUGUGCUGAACACCGUCCACACAGUGCUGCAGAAACAGGGACAUCACCUGGAGGGCUUUACUCACCCACUCCUGCACAUGUUGCUGGGCCUGGCUGCUCUACUGAGCUCAGUGCUGGACAUGCGGACGCAGGUGGUCAAGGGAGCGAUCAACCUGCUCAAGUCACUCAGGCACACUGUUGUCCUCAGGAUCACUGAGUUCCUGGAAUACUAUGAGGACCUGGACUUCACAGCCCAAGAGUUGGAUGCCCUGUUCCAGGCUGUGGUGUGGCCAGCUGCUGAGAAACUGGUGCUGGAGGGAGUCCAUCACCCGACACCGCUGUUGAAACUUUUUGUGUUCUGGAGUCGAAGCAACAGACUGGUUCCUCUCCUCGGACAUGUCAAAGGGUCGGACUUUACAUCAGAGAUCACCACGGGGGCCGUCGUCACUGCUUCCGGACCUAGCCCAUUCUCCUGCAUGUUUGCUCUCCUCAAUGCCCCGGCUGUGAGCUCUGACGUAGCUGCAGCUGUCCUUGACAUUGUGCUUUGUGUACUCGGCCAUGAGGAGGCAGAAGAGGAGGCCUCUGGUGACAAGACCGCGUCUGCCUUACCCGGGGUCUUCAGAGCAUCGGAUCACGAUGAGAGGGGUCUUGGAGAAGUAUUUAUCUCCCCUCAUGUGCCGGAGCUCCUGAGGUACUUGCAGAAGGCUCUCAGCAAGUUGGUCAACGGGUCAGCAGGGAAGAAACACACCUUCAUCCUGGAGCUGAAAAUACUGGCCAGCAUCAGCCGCUUCGUCACCGCUCCCUCGGAGUGCCGGACCCUAUGUGACCUCCUCAUCCCUUACCUGGCCAGCAGCACUACCCUACCAGAGGACAUGGAGGAGAACACUCUGACCUGUGUGACCAACCUGUUGCAGCACGUGGACAACCCACAGGUGUUUUACAGACAAGUGUCCCAGCUGUUCUGUAGCGUGGAGCGGAGGGCUUCGAGGGCUUUGCUCUGCAAACUGUUUUUGGUCAUCAACAAAGAGGACAGUUCCAAGUCCACGUUUGCUGAAACCAUUGAGAAGAUGAACUCUUGGGACAAGCGGAAGGCGGAAGAGCCUGACUUCACCGCCCGCCUGGAGGCGUUCCACAAUAUCAACUCGCUUGUCUCAGGGCAGGCGGAGCCCGAUGUGAACGUCCUGCUGCCCGUUGUCUACAAUUGUUGUUACUUUAUCCACGCUGUUGACGACCUGUCAAUUCGAGACAACUCCACCCACUGUCUGACCAGCAUCGUUGAACGAUUGGCCAGCUGUCCGUCAAAAGACAACAAGGCCUUUAACGUAGUUAUAGAAAAGUGUUUGGUGGGGCAGGUGAAGCUUGGGAUACGGAGCAAGUCAGAGGCUGUCCGUCACGAGUACCUGACAGUCCUCCAGAGCCUGGUCAAGCACUACCCGGCCCAUCAGCUGUUUGCUGGCCUCUCCCUCCUGUCGGACAAGGACCCUGAGGCAGAUUUCUUUGAGAACAUCAGACACAUACAAAUCCACAAGAGGUCUCGGGCCCUCCGCCGUCUGUACAAACAUCUGAAGGACCACCGCAUGAACCCAGACAUCCACAUGACCUACUUCAUCCCCCUGGUCUAUGCCUUCAUCACGGACCCUUCGUACGCCAAGCACGCCAGCGUGCAGGAUGCGGCUGUCGACCUGCUGGGGGCUAUAUGCAAGCAGUUGCCGUGGCAACACUACCAGCGGCUGCUGCAGUUUUACCUACGACUGCUGCCGAAGCGACUGGAGACUCAGCGACAGAUUGUUAGGAUCAUCGUUGCCCUACUAGAUGGUUUCCACUUUGACCUGAACAAGUCAACGUUCAAGGUCCAUCUCAGUCCCAGAGUGAAACAGAACAAUUCUGACGAGCCGGAUGCUGCAGGUGAAAAGAAAGAGGACUUGGGUUCCUCUCUUGGCACAAAGGACGCAGAGACAGCUGAAACUGUGGGCGAGGAAAAGGCGGAGGAUGCAUCAAUGGAGGAUGACGACACUCUCCCUCCCAUGGAGGUGAUGGACACAGGCACGGAGGAGUUGAACAUGUCCACUGACCAGGCUGUGAAAGAGGAUGUGGGGUCGGAGUCCAGCGAUGGGAGAGUGGUAUGCUCUGUGUCGGCUGCCACCAGGAUCCACAAGACAAUCGUCACCUCACUUUUGCCGGCACUGCACCGUGUCAUCACGCAAAAGACCAAAGGAGAGGAGGUGCACAAAUUGGCAGGGACUAAAUACCCCGAGGAUGAGGAAAUUCUCCGAGUGCCCAUCGCCCUUGCCAUGAUCAAGUUGUUGCAGAACUUGCCUAAAGGGACACUGGAGAACAGACUGCCAGGAAUUCUGCUGAAAAUUUGCAAUUUCCUGAAAUCAAGAUCUCGAGAUGUGCGGACAUCAGCGAGGGAAACACUCCAAAAAGCAGCCCUGUCCCUAGGUGCCAGAUUUUUCCCUUUCAUUGUGAAAGAGUUGCAGGCAGCUCUCACUAGAGGCUAUCAGCUCCACGUGCUGGGGUUCACAGUCCACUACCUGAUGAAUGGCCUGCAGAGCAUCUUCUCGCCCGGAGACCUUGACCCUGCCGUGGCCAGAGUCCAGUCUGUAUUCCACAACGAGCUGUUUGGCCAGGUGGCCGAGGAGAAAGAGGUGGCCGCCAUCAAGGCCAAAUAUUUUGAGGCCAAGUUUGUCAAGGCCUAUGAGGCAUAUGAGCUUCUGGCCAAGUUCAUUUCUGCCAGUAGCCUGAACCUGGUGAUUAAACCAGUGAAAGAGAUGCUGGAGACGACCAGCAGUCAGCGAAUAGCCAAUAAGGCGGAGAUGUUGCUAAGGAAGGUCGCUGACGGACUGAUGGCCAACACGUCCAUCCCUGUGGAGACCAUGAUGGUGUUUGUGCACAGCCUGACCACCAAACUGAUGGACCAGAUCGCUACGUCAAAAGAAGAGAAACCAGUCAAAGACGUCCCUGGUGCAAGGAUGCCUGAGAGUUGUCUGCUCCUGAAGGAAGCAGCACCGAGGUCAGGCUUCAAGCCACAAGCUAGUAAAAAGACAAACGCUCACUUAGUGGUUGAGUUUGGACUGCAGUUGCUCAACGCCAGCCUGAAGAAGUCUGCCCUGCUGCCAACGGAGUAUGCCCACCUCCAGAUGUUGGACCCGUUUGUGGGCACUCUCCGAGACUGCUUGACCACUAGCCAUGUCAAAACGAGCGCCAUGGCUAUGAGAUGUCUUUCGUGGAUUCUGAAAUUCCCACUUCCUUCUCUCAAAGAAAAUAUUGAGAAAAUUUCUGAGGGCAUGUUUGUGGUGCUGCAGAACUACGUCGGGUCAGCCCUGGCCAAAGGCGGGAACCAGGAGCUGGUCAGCAUGUGCUUUAAGGCGGUGACGGUGCUGGUCAGAGAUGUGACCUUCCACCAGAUCUCCAGAGACCAGCUCCAGGUCCUGCUGACCUACUGUGAGGAAGACUUGUACAACUACUCCAGGCAAAGCACAGCGUUCAACCUAAUCAGGGCCAUCUUGUCCCGGAAGCUGGACAUUCCCCAGCUGCACCAGGUGAUGGAGAAACUAUUUGAGAUGUCCAUCGUGUCUCCGGUGUCUGGCCUCAGGCUGCAGAGUCGACAGGUGCUGUUGUUCUAUAUGAUGAACUACCCACUGGGCAAGGACCUCAAGAGACAUCUGUUCUUCUACAUUGACCACCUGCAGUACGAGCUGGAGGAUGGACGAGAGUCCGCCAUAGAGAUGAUGAUCUCCAUGUUCACCAACUUUCCAAAGAAAAUCUUGAACAACCACUGCCCCAGGUUCUUCACCAAUCUGUCGAUGACGUCGUACAACGACAGCUCUCUACGCUGUAGGAAAUUGGUGUCUGUGGCCCUCAGGACACUCAUUGGGAAGAUUGAUUUCAGGUGUCGAAAGUCCCUGUACCUAGAUGUUUUAAAAUGGAUGAAGUCAGAUGAUAUUCGUGUGCGGACAAUGGGCUGCCAGGUGUGUGGUUUGUUUGUGGAGGUGGAGGGUGGCAAGUUCGAGAACCGUCUGGAGGAGACUGUCCCUUUGCUGCAGCAGCUAAUGGACCCAGGGAGGUUUACUAAGGAGGGAGAGGAAGAGGAAGAAGAGGACGCUGUCACCGAGCAGCAGGACAUGUGUCUCUUAGCCGUGCUCAAUGUUACCAUCAAGGUUGCCAGGGAGCUCAACGUGGCUCGUAACCCCAAGCUGGUGGGGGACUUGGAUCUUAUGUGGGGUCAUGUGCUGUCCCAUCAGCUGUACCCACAUGCCCAAGUGAGGCUGGCUGCCUGUCAGCUGACGGGUCUGUUCUUCAGCUCCUGGGAGCCAUCAGAGGUGACUCAGCUCCUGUCCCAGGCUGGUCAGUCCGCCGAAGUAGGUAGCGGUCAAGAGACGGACGAACUGAGAGAUUCCUAUUUCCCCAAGAACUGUUCAUCUCUGGUGCGUGUGUUUGGCAAGGUUUUCUGCCAGCAGUUACAGGCUCCCAGUCUAGACGACGCCCUGGCCACUCAGGUUGUGAAAAAUCUGCUGUAUCUAGGUCGACUAGCAGAAGCAUUAGCAACACCCGCUGAACUGGUGUGGCUAGCGAAGAAAAUUGUGAGGGAAGCUAACCAUGAGGUCAUUCACAAUGUGAAGGUCACAGUAAAGAGGAACUAUGUGUUCAAGUGGGUGGCUGCAGUGGGAGUGACCUUGACCCCCGAGUCUGUCCAGAGCCUCCUGCCCAUUGCACUCCCAGCGUUACAGCGAGAAAUGUCAGAGAAUGCCAAAGAUGAAGAACUCAAGAAUUUAGUGCAAGAAGUCCUUGACCUUUUGAAGAAGCAAGUUGGUGUGGAGGCUUUCACUUCAGCGUUUGCCACAUCUCACAAGUGGAGGGCGGAGAAGAGAGACAUCAGAAAGAGGCAGGUCGCGGCCGAGGCUGUCACUGAUCCUGACAUUGCAGCAAGAAAAAAGAUCAGACAUCACCUCAAGAAAAAGGAAUCCAAGAAGAGAAAGAUUGAGGAAAGGAAACCUAUAGAGAGAAAGAGAGUCAAGAAGUCUAAAUUGUCCAUAUUGAAUGUUAAAGUUGAUAUCGAUUAAAAAAAAUAGCUUAAAUGGUUCAGGUGUGCAAAUGGAAGAUUGUGUAUUGUGCUGUAGAAAUUGUGAAAAACAUUAGCUAUAAAGAAUUUUGGCCAAGUAAAAUAAUUUCCAAGCAUAGUUUUGCGUCAGUGUACAUAAAUAUGUAUACAUUUUUGCUUUGUGUCUGAGCACUUUUCAUGUUGGGUUCUCGGUGUUUAGGACAGGAGCUUAAUUCUAUUCCUGAGUUGAUCCCGUGUACAACCAGUGUAAUAAUGUUCUUUUAUUUUUAUACACUGGAUUAUGUUGUAAAUAAAUGUGCUCAGCAAGUCGAAAAUGGCAAUGUUUCGCGUUGAAACAGUAGUUCACUCAGUGCAUUAUUUAAAUACUGCUACUUUGGAAGUAUUUAUUUGUGCAAAGUGGUGGUCAUUCCUGUUGCUUUUAUGUUAUUUUCACCCCUCUAUGUAAAUUAUGUUGUGAAAGUUGUUGCACUCAUUAUAAAUACUUGGGGGGAGGGGGGGUACUUUUGACUCCAGUUAUGCAAAUAUAUUUUUGGGGGGGACUUCAGUUGAUUUGAGAAAAAGAAAGGCAACUUGGCUGGAUUUUGUACAGACAAAAAAACAGAGUGACAAACAUAUUGUUAACUAAGUGGCAUUGAUGACAUGUUUUAUUUGGUUAUUGUUUGUGGGUUUUUUGGUCAAUGAGUGUUGCAGUCUUUAAUCACUCUUCUGUGAGUAUGAUGAUGUGCAAAGUAGUCUAGACUGUCUGUGUAAGAAUUGGAUGACGUGCGACAUAGUGACAUGUCUGUGUAAGGACUGGAUGAUGUGUCUUGUAAUGAAAUGUCUUUAUGAGGUCUGAAUAGUGUAUCAUAUAGUCUAGAAUGUCUGUGUAAGAACCGAAUAUGUUUGUGUAAGGACCGGAUGAUGUGUCAUGUAGUCUAUUAUGUCUCUGUAAGGACUGGAUGAUGUGUCACGUAAUGUAGAAUGUCUGUGUAAGGACUGGAUGAUGUGUCACGUAAUCUAGAAUGUCUGUGUAAGGACUGGAUGAUGUGUAACGUAAUCUAGAAUGUCUGUGUAGAAUUGGAUGAUGUGUCGUAGAGUCUAGAAUGACUGUGUAAGGACUGGAUGAUGUGCAACAAAAUGGUCAUUAAAAUUAUUUGAUUUAAAGA